AUGAACAUCAAAAACAGACAAGAGUCGUUCACCGCUCCGACUCCGCAGAAUACGCCUAUCGAUUCUGCUCCUAUUACUUCCAACUACCAUCCCACCAUUGAUAGCAUAUCUGAAGGCAUGGAAAAUAUGAACAUACUAGGUAAGAUGUCUAUAUGGAUCCUUCUUUAAUGGAGUGGGUAAAAAUUAUGGUACCUGAUAUGUAUCUAUACUUCGCUAUCAUUAAUACAAUUGAAGGCAGAUUGCGCUCUGAAAAUACCCAUGCAUUACCGCCGUCGGUCCAGCGACGUGUUAAAAGCUUGAAAUAUUUUCAGUCAAAGCACGCAGAGCUUGAAGCAAAGUUCCAGGAGGAAGUAUUGGGGCUGGAGAAGAAAUACCUGGAUUUGUAUCGCCCGCUUUAUAUUAAGCGACGUGAAGUGAUCACCGGGCAAUACGAACCCACUGAUGAAGAAGUCUCCAUUGGUGAGAAAGUGGAUGCUGAGGAAGAGAUCGCCCAUAUCAAAGCAGAUGAAAAGAAGGAUGAAGACGAUAACACUAAAAGUAUUCGAGGCAUUCCCGAAUUCUGGUUAACCGCCAUGAAAAACAAUCCACAGGUUGCUGAAAAUGUGACACCAGAGGAUGAGAAUUUAUUGAAGCACCUCGUUGAUAUUCGCAUGUCUUAUACGGAUAAACCGGGUUUCCGAAUCGAGUUUGAAUUUGCCGACAACGAAUACUUCACAGAUAAGGUUUUAACCAAAGCCUACUAUUAUCAAGAUCAUGUUUACGGUGGAGAAUUUAUCUAUGACCAUGCGGAAGGUUGUGAUAUCCAUUGGAAAGAUGGUAAAGAUCUCACAGUCACCAUGAAAACGAAAAAGCAGCGACAUAGAGGUACCAACAAAGUACGCACGGUGAAGCAAACAGUACCCGCAGAGACGUUUUUCACAUUCUUCCAACCACCUACUUUACCUGCCGAGGACGUGGAGCUGGACGAAGAGGAAGCCGAACGUUUGGACGCGAAAUUAGAAGCGGAUUAUGAGAUGGGUGAAGAAUUCAAGGAAAAGAUCAUCCCUCGUGCGACCGAUUAUUUCACUGGCAAAGCCCUCGAAUAUGAAGAUUAUGCCGAAGAUGAAGAGUUUGAGGAUGACUUUUACUCAGACGAAGAACAGGAGGAGGAGGACGACGACGACGACGAGGAAGAUGAAGCCGACGAAAGUAUGCAACCUUCCAAACGAGAGAAUGCACCUGAAUGCAAGCAAUCGUAAUUAUUGUUGUUGAGCCACUGAUAUCACAAAAAAAAGCAUAUAAUAUAUCUUCUACUGGCUUGACCUCACGCUUUGGAUUUCAUUUCACUUCAUAGCGUUGCCUAAAGCGUCUUUGCUGUGUUGUAUUUUUCCCAAAAAAAGAGGUUAAAUAAGGAAAUUGGUUAGUGCCAUGGCUACCCGCAGGAUAUGCCAGGAUCACCGGUCGCAUAGUUAAAACUUGUUGACACAAAGACUCAGUAAAUGUGUUGAGGUUAUCAUUUUCUAUCCUCAACACUGCCGGGAUUCUCCCACGACAACU